GGGAAAUUUGCAAGGCGGGCCUCGACCUUUACACCCAACCACACAAUCCCGCACGACAACCACCGACAACCACCCCCGUUGCGAUUCACGACAACCGACAAAUCGCAAAAAUGGCUACCGAGUUGACCGUCCAGUCCGAGCGUGCUUUCCUCAAGCAGCCGCACAUUGGUCUCAAGCCCAAGACCAAGGUCAAGGCCGCCAAGCCUGGCCGCAAGGGCACCCGUUUCUACAAGGACGUUGGUCUCGGCUUCAGAACCCCCAAGGCCGCCAUCGAUGGCUCCUACAUCGACAAAAAGUGCCCCUUCACCGGCCUUGUCUCCAUCCGUGGCCGUAUCCUGACCGGCACCGUCGUUUCCACCAAGAUGCACCGCACCAUCAUCAUCCGCCGCGAGUACCUCCACUUCAUCCCCAAGUACGCCCGUUACGAGAAGCGCCACAAGAACCUCGCGGCGCACGUCUCGCCCGCUUUCCGUGUCCAGGAGGGUGACCAGGUUACCGUCGGCCAGUGCCGGCCUCUCAGCAAGACUGUCCGUUUCAACGUUCUCCGUGUGCUUCCCAGAACCGGCAAGGGCGUUAAGAAGUUCAGCAAGUUUUAAAUUUGGGGAUAUUUCUCGGGCAUCACUGGCGUUGUCGUUCCAUGAGGAUUCUUCACCAUUAGCAGAUUCGGAACGGGUGGUUCAUAGGGUUCUGCUUCGACAAAAAAAUCAAUGUCGUGCCGGUAGAAUUGAAAAAUAAAAGGAAUACCAAGCAACUUACUUUACGAGUUUCGAUUCUUCGACCAGGUCACGAUGCCACGAUUCACGGAAGGGGGGGUCCCUCCACUGGCGAGGGACGGCUUUGGCACAAACAUAUGGCGUCUGCCCACACGCAACACCGAGAUAUACGCAACGCCUUAGGAUGAAGUGGAAGUGGCCAACAGCGCGCAGGCUAGUUGCUAAGCUGGGUUAUGCGCCGGGCGAUCUUGAAUUCGCCGACCCGGUGUUCGCGGACUGUAAUUGAUGAAAUGACACCGAAUUAUCCUACAGAAAUAACGCGUCCUUCCUUUGUCUUGUGAUU